UUGGUGUCGGCUUGCAAGAGUCUAAUGGUGCUUUCACGACAACUGGGAACACGGGAAAAAUGAGGUCAAAUAAUGACGUCAGUGAUUUUCACGUCGGAAAGGAGGAGCUCUAGAAAGAUUCCGAGUUUCCGAAUUGGAAUUCUGAGUUGGAUGAACGUUCACAAGGUUUUUCCCCGAGUUCCUAGUUGUCUUGAACGCUCGGAAGUCGACUUCCAAGUUCCAAAUUGUUUUGAACGCGGCAUAAAACUGCUUGCUAAAGGCGUAAGUGACACUGCUGUCCCCACGUUCUUUCACUUUGACUCCGCCCACUCCGAGUGGACAUCUCUAAAUGACUAUGGUUCGCACGCCGACAGGAGGAUGCUUAUGGUUUGCCUACGGGGAGAUAGGAGGACGUUGUCGAGGCACUGCCAAGGAGGUGAGUUCAGGGAAAAUCCCUUUUCAGCCUCAAGCCACAUUCACCACCUCUAUAAUAUCAAGUAUGGCUGAAGAAAUGCCUUCAUGGACCUCAGAAAGGUUUGUUGAUAAAGUGUACAUUUCAAAGAGAAGUAUCAGGAAAAACUUAAUAAACAAAAUGCACUACGUUGCCCAUGUGCCCUCAGAGAGUGUAAAAGUCAACACUGCUCACAAAGUGGAAAGUGACUCUAACCCAUCUGAUAAUGACGAUGCUGACUCCCUCUCAGGUAGUAGCUACACUGGGAUGAUUUAUUUAAACCCACAAACACCUACAUGGACUCUGGCUGAGAAGUUUGCUGGGCUCAACUCUGGAAAAGACAAGAGAAUGUCUCCCAAUCAGGACCUCUGUAGUCCUCCAGGUUCACCCGCAGCCACUGAACAUAAUGUUGCCAAUAGGAGAGGUUCUACAGGUCUGGAGGGGGUCUACUUAGACUCGUCACAACAGGAGGAAGGCAACAUCAAGAAUGGUACUAAAAGACUUCUGCAGAGGAAAGCGUGUAGUGGUGAUCCUUCUGAUCUGAAGCUGCGUCUGAUGAAAGAGAUCAGGCCCAAAACCAAGGAGGCUCAGUCUGAUGUGCGUCAUGAUGUGCGUGAUGUGUGUGAUGUACGUGGGAACAAGGGGAGUUGGAAGGGUGGAGAACCGCUAGUCAUUCCCCCUCCACUAAACAAGGCUAUGGCCAUGAUUGAUGCCUGUGAGGACAAGGUGCCUAUAGUGUUUGCUGCCAUGAAGAAACGUGGAGUGGAGGGAGACACAGAGAACCGGCCCUACAAGUGCACUCACUGCAACUGGGCCUUUAAGAAGUCCAGCAAUCUGCAGAGUCAUCUGGAUACUCAUAGUGGCCUGAAGCCUCAUAUAUGUGACCUGUGUGGCAAAGCCUAUUCUCACCAAGGCACACUGCAGCAGCACAAGCGCCUGCACACUGGAGAGAGACCGUACCACUGCCCCUUCUGUGAAAAGACGUACAUCUGGUCCUCCGAUUACCGCAAGCACAUUCGCACGCACACCGGAGAGAAACCGUACGUGUGCGAGACCUGCAGCAAGGACUUUGUGCGCUCCUCGGACCUGCGGAAGCAUGAGCGCAACAUGCACACCAAUGAAAAACCCUUCCCGUGCACGCAGUGCGGCAAGACCUUCAACAAGCCACUGUCCCUGCUCCGCCAUGAGCGCACUCACUUGGGCGAGCGGCCCUUCUGCUGUCCCAUCUGCGGGAAAGCCUUUGCCGUGGCCAGCCGCAUGGCAGAGCACCAGAAGGUGCACACCGGGGUGAGACCCUACACCUGCCUGGUCUGUACCAAGUCCUUCACCAAGUCCUCCAACCUGCUGGAGCACCAGGCCGUACACAGCGGCAUCCGCCCCCACAAGUGUCCUCAGUGCGGGGUGGCAUUUGCCAUGGUGUCCCGCCUGGUCCGUCACCAGCGUGUCCAUACCGGAGAGAGGCCCUACGACUGCACAGGCUGCAGCAUGUCCUUCAGCCGCACGGCUGCUCUGAAGCGCCACCAAGAGCAGACGUGUGCCGGGAGGAUCUUUGUCUGUGUGGAGUGUGACAAGGCUUUCCAGUGUGCCUCUCAGCUCACAGAGCACAUGGUGUGCCAUGAAUGACCCUACUGCUACUGCUGCUACUGCUGCUUCUGUUGUUGAAAGCACUGAAGACUGAUUUAUGCUGUUUGGGAGCUACCCUCUCAUACAGUACAAACAGUUGGUCUAAUCAACCUUACUGAUCUCUACAUGCUAUGCUCUUAGAAAAAAGGGUUCCCAAAGGGUUCUUCGGCUGUCCCCAUAGGAGAACCCUUUUUGGUUCCAGGUAGAUAGCACCUUUUUUGAAGGACAACAUCCUGCUAGGCUGCUAAGCCUUAAAAUAGAGUGUCUUCAGAAAGUAUUCACAAGUGCCCUCAGCCGGUAUGAUGCAUUUUGCAUCAUAUGAUGUUGCGUUUUGCAUCAUAUAUUGCUCAAUGCAUCAUACACGUUGUAUUUCUGUAUUUUAUGAAGUUGUAUAUCUUGAAAACUUGAUUGCUGACAUGGAAAACAUUUUGGGACUAUAUAAAAAAUGGACUAAUGAAACAAAUACCAAAAUAUGGUUUUGGGGUGGACUUUUCCUUUUAUGGCUGUGAUAGGAGAAAACUGAGGAUGGAUCAACAACAUUGUAGUUACUCCACAAUACUAACCUAAAUGACAGAUUGAAAAGAAGGAAGCCUGUAGAGAAUAAAAAUAUUCCAAAUCAUGCAUCCUGUUUGCAAUAAGGCACUAAA